AUGGUAGAAGACGUACCGGAUAUGGGUGACAGCUGGCUUACCUCUGCCCAAGACUGGAGGAACCGAGAGGCGAACGUACCGCAACUAUCCGAUGAUAUGCGCGCUGCUAUUUCGGGCGAGGUCGUGUUCACUGCAGGCAACGACGUUCAUGACCCUUUGGCUGAUUCACUCCAGGAGGCCCUGGCUGGUGUCCCUCUCUUCGACGCUGCAGCAGGGCUCUGGCAAGGUGACGAUGAAGCGCCGCUGCCAGAUGUUAUCCUGCCCGAAGAUGAUGAUGUCGUUACGCACGAAGGGGACUCUCCGAUUGAUGCACUCACACCCCAGGAUAUCGCGGACUUGUACUUUGGAGCUGCUGAAUCGUCACCGGAUCUCUUCCCAUACCCGAAUAAAGCUAUGCUGAAGACUGACAUCUUGUUCAGCUCACCCCGCCUGCGCUUUUCACGAUCGCAACAACAGGCUGUGCUCGCAUGGGGACGUGAGCUGGGCGCCAAGAAUGUCCCGACGCUACAUGCUCUCCACAGAUUCCAGUCCGAGGCUCUCGAUGCCGUCGGUAAUCCCACAGUGAAGGUUACGGCGGCAUCCGGGAAUGUGUUCUACAUGAAUGAGGUUACAAAGGCCAUCGCGAAGGACUAUACGCACCCUGCAACCCGGAGUCUGAUUCACGCGUACCCAGAGUACACACCCAAUGCCGUCUCUGAAGUGUGGCAGGCAGAGAAGUGGCUUGUCGAGGCUCCAGACCACCUCCUGACACCGAUGAUUCGCCAAGAUAAUCAGGACUAUUACACUAAUGAACUGGCACAUUGCAGCGAUGAUAGUUGGUUCAUUCCGACGCGAUUCUUCGAACACGCUGGCCAAAUGAUGGCAGUCGGACACGAUGCCAUUCCUUCCUCAGUACGUUACUCAUUUGUCUCUCGAUAUGAUUGCAGCAAUGAUGUGCGAUGCGUGCAUCUGCGCUAUUAG